CCCUCACACUCACACAUUGUUCUGUGUCCAGCUGUGCCUUGUUCUUCUGUGGGCUGAGAUGACGACAGAAACGAGUGAGGGGGUGGAGAGAGAGAGAGAGAGAGACUGAUUCAGAUUCAGAUCGGUAUGCUCAUUCUGGGUUAACAUCUCACUGUGAUAUUGAUGUAUGCAGCAUGAGGUAAAAUCAUUUCUAUUACAUUUAUUUAAGAUUAUCUUCUUAACUAAAUACUUUACAUUUGUGGGCUGUGUUUUGUUCUUGCUCACUCUUUGCUUCUCCCCUCUGUGUUGUUCACUGCUGUGGAAUGUGUUAGUUGACAGGAGACAGUGAGGGAGCUAACAGUGUAGGAGGCUCUUAAAGGAAAAAGAAAAACAUUCUGGGGUCCAAAGGACAACCUUUUAAGACAAAGACUUCAAGGGUUUACAUUCCUUUGAGCUAUUAAAUUGCAAUUUAAGCUGCUUGUUCGGGGUUAUUUGGACACUUAGCCUUUUGAGCGAAACCUUUCUUAAUAAAGAUAGGAGGUUGUGUUCAAAAUUUACCUCCGGCAUUUUGGCUCUCUGUAAACCUCCAACAUGAUGAAAUGGUAUUGUGUCUCAGCUUAAGACAUAAAAUCCACAUCCUAAGAUGCAGUGGUGCAGGUGGGCUGGCAGUUGGAGAUCACACCUGCAUAGACAGUCUGUAGGGCCGGAGACUGAGGACUCUUUCGACUUCCUCUUUAAAAUCAUCCUGGUUGGGGACUCGGAUGUGGGGAAGACCUGUGUGGUCCAGAGCUUUAAGUCUGGCAUAUUUAUAGAGAAGCAGCAGAACACUAUCGGGGUCGACUUUACUGUUCGUACACUGGACAUCGAUGGCAGGAAAGUGAAGAUGCAGGUGUGGGACACAGCUGGACAGGAGCGUUUCCGCACCAUAACUCAGAGCUACUAUCGCAGCGCCCACGGGGCCAUGGUGGCCUACGACAUCACACGACGCCCCACUUUUGAUUCUGUUUCCCACUGGAUCAGGGAGGUGGAGCAGUAUGGAGCUGCAGGAGUGGUGCUGAUCCUCAUUGGUAAUAAGUCAGACCUCCAUGCUCAGAGGCAGGUGUUGUUUGAGGACGCGUGUACUCUGGCAGAAAACAACAGCGCUCUGGCUGCACUGGAAACCUCGGCCAAGGAGGCGCAGAACGUUGACGCGGCCUUCGUCCUCAUGGCCAGGGAGCUGCUGGCACGCAACGGCAUGGCGAUCACAGACGAGCUCUCGCAAGAUUCACCUCAAUUCAUGUUGAGUAACAGCUCCCACCCAGUCGAUGGCACUGUGUCUUCAGAGAAAAAGUGUGGGUGCUGAGCAGACUGAAGAGGGGACAGGUUGUUUGAGACUUCUUUGAAAAAACGAGACCAGCCUCGUGUGUAUGAAAACUCCCUCCAUUAGACCGAAGGUUAUUCAUGUAUGCACGUUUAGGAAAAAACUCCAUACAGUAUGUUGCAUAGUGUGUUAAUAUAGGUUUUUGAAUUUUGAUAUUCAUGCAGUUAGGGUCACAUUAUUAUUUACAGUCCAUGGUCAGUCACAUGUAUCUCAUGGAGAUUGCUUAUCACAAAUCGUGCUGAUGAAUGUGAGGGUGACUCCGUCAUCACACACUGCAGGUCAGCUGGAGGACGGACUGAACAUAAACACAAACAAUGUUUACACUUCACAAGAAA